UCAGUAACCAAACAAAAUAUCAACCAAACAACCCCUAAUAAGCAAUUUACUUUUAAAUAGGAAAAAACCCGGCCAUAACCAGGAAAAAAACACAAAUGGAGAAUGAGAACGGUGAAGAAGAUGAGAGGAGUACUACUUGUCUGUGGAUGCUACCGGAGGGUUGUAUCGCAGAUAUCUUAGCCUUAACAAGCCCUAUCGACGUUCGCCGCCUUUCCUUAGUCUCUACAUCUGUCCGAUCUGCCGCCGAUUCCGAUUCCGUUUGGGCAAUAUUCCUGCCGUCCGAUUAUCGGUCCAUCAUUUCCCGAUCACUCACUCCGAUCCCCGAUUUCCGUUCAAACAAGGAUCUAUAUGUUUAUCUUUGCCAUCAUCCCGUCUUAAUUGAUGAAGGUCGCAAGAGUUUCUCACUGGAAAAACGGACUGGAAAGAAAUGCUACUUUCUAAGUGCAAGGGAUCUUAACAUUGUAUGGAGUGAUGCACCAGAAUAUUGGAAUAGGACUUCACCACCAGAGUCCAGGUUUCCAGAGGUGGCUAAGCUCAAAAUUGUUUGGUGGCUUGAAAUUUGGGGCACAAUAAAGGCUGGGAUUCUAUCACCACUGACAUCCUACACAGCUUAUUUUGUUUACAAGAUCAAAGAUGGAUAUGGGUUUUAUCAUCGACCCUCGGAGGUCUCAGUUGGAAUUUCUGGUGUUGAAUCCGGAAACGUCCGGUUUGUAUACUCUGGCCUCUGAUACGGAGCAUGAGGAGCCCGGGCUAGUUGACGAUUAUGAGGAUGAUGAUUAUGAGCCAAAUGAGGUGUCACCACUGCGCCGGCUAUACAAUUGGCGUGAUGAUCCUGGCAUCGUGCAAGGUGAUAAACUACUUCCCAAACUGAGAGAUGAUGGCUGGUUUGAGAUAGAAUUGGGUGAGUUUUUCAUUGAAAAUGAAGAUGAUUGCAUAGAAAUGAGAGUGCAAGAGGUGAAGGUUGGACUUCCAAAGCACGGCCUUAUUGUUGAAGGAAUUGAGAUAAGGCCAAGAAUGGGUUAAUUAUUGAAAUUUUAGAAAAAAUACGUGUAAUUCAAAUCGAACAUGUUUCUCUUUCGACUUUCAAGCAUUUCCUAAUCCUUCAUUCCAAGUAUGUUUUGGUGCUAAGAUAACUGACAUUCUUGUUUUAUAAUAUGAGGAUGCAGAAUACUUUCUA